GCGCCGCCCCGCCCCGCCCCAGCCAACGGCGCCAGGCCCCUGCUCAGCUUCUUCCCCGCCCGGCCCCCCCCUCGGUCGGGACCCGCCCCCCAGGGAACCCUCCCCCUGGGCCGGGCCUGGUUCCGCCCGCCCGCCCGCCGGGCUGCGGGGCGGGGCUUUCAGUCGGAGGCUCGCCGCGGAAGGAGCCCAUGGAGGACGCUGACUACUUCGGCGGCAGCGCGGCGGAGUGGGGGGACGAUGCGGAUGGAGGGGCGCAGGAUGAUGAGUAUGGAGAAGGAGAAGAUGAUGCUGAAGUCCAGCAAGAAUGUUUGCAUAAAUUUUCCACUCGAGAUUAUAUAAUGGAACCCUCUAUAUUUAACACUCUGAAAAGGUAUUUCCAGGCAGGCGGCUCUCCAGAGAAUGUUAUCCAACUGCUGUCAGAGAAUUAUACUGCAGUGGCACAAACUGUAAAUCUACUGGCAGAGUGGCUCAUUCAAACAGGUGUUGAGCCGGUGCAGGUUCAGGAAACUGUAGAAAAUCACUUGAAAAGUUUACUCAUCAAACACUUUGACCCUCGGAAAGCAGAUUCCAUCUUUACAGAGGAAGGCGAGACUCCAGCCUGGCUUGAGCAAAUGAUAGCACAUCCUACAUGGAGAGAUCUUUUUUACAAACUGGCUGAAGCCCAUCCAGACUGCCUGAUGCUUAAUUUUACUGUCAAGCUUAUAUCUGAUGCCGGUUAUCAAGGGGAAAUAACCAGUGUAUCAACAGCAUGUCAGCAAUUAGAAGUCUUUUCUCGAGUGCUACGAACUUCUCUGGCUACAAUUUUAGAUGGAGGGGAAGAAAACCUUGAGAAGAACCUCCCAGAGUUUGCGAAAAUGGUUUGCCAUGGAGAACACACAUAUCUCUUUGCUCAAUCCAUGAUGUCCAUAUUAGCCCAAGAAGAGCAAGGUGGGUCUGCUGUGCACAGGAUUGCUCAGGAGGUUCAGCGAUUUGCUCAUGAGAAAGGCCAUGAUGCUAGUCAGAUCACUCUAGCCCUGGGUACUGCAGCCUCCUACCCUCGAGCAUGUCAAGCACUCGGUGCCAUGUUAUCCAAAGGAGCUCUGAAUCCAGCAGACAUCACAGUCCUGUUCAAAAUGUUUACAAGCAUGGACCCACCUCCAGUAGAACUGAUUCGAGUGCCCGCCUUUCUGGACCUUUUCAUGCAGUCACUAUUUAAGCCAGGUGCUAAGAUCAAUCAGGACCAUAAACACAAGUAUAUCCACAUAUUAGCAUAUGCAGCCAGUGUAGUGGAGACAUGGAAAAAGAACAAGAGAGUGAGCAUAAACAAAGAUGAGCUCAAAUCGACUUCAAAAGCUGUUGAAACUGUUCACAAUCUGUGCUGCAAUGAGAACAAAGGAGCUUCAGAGCUGGUUGCAGAGCUGAGCACCCUCUAUCAGUGCAUCAGGUUUCCUGUGGUGGCAAUGGGUGUAUUAAAGUGGGUGGACUGGACAGUGUCAGAACCACGAUAUUUUCAGCUUCAGACUGAUCACACUCCAGUGCAUCUGGCCUUACUAGACGAGAUCAGCACGUGCCAUCAGCUGCUUCACCCCCAAGUUCUGCAACUUCUUGUCAAGCUCUUUGAAACAGAACACUCCCAGCUUGAUGUCAUGGAACAGCUGGAAUUGAAGAAAACCCUUCUGGACAGAAUGGUUCACUUACUCAGUCGGGGAUAUGUCCUACCUGUCGUUGGUUAUAUCCGCAAGUGUCUGGAGAAACUAGACACAGACAUAUCACUCAUUAGAUACUUUGUUACCGAGGUACUGGAUGUGAUUGCUCCUCCAUAUACUUCAGACUUUGUGCAGCUUUUCCUUCCAAUCUUAGAGAAUGAAAGCAUUGCAGGCACUAUUAAAACAGAAGGUGAACAUGACCCUGUCACAGAGUUCAUAGCUCAUUGCAAAUCUAACUUCAUUAUGGUGAACUGAGGAAGCGAGAAAACAAGAAUGCAGAGCACCAUGAAUACUGAGGUUAUGGACAAUCACUACUUUGCCAUGCCCAUCACCAGUAGGGUUCUGUAGUUGGAUAAUACAAUGGCAGCCAACAAGGAAGAAGUGUAGAGAUGCUUGCUGAUCCAUAUAGCACAGUAACUGUGAACUUUAUUCUGGAGGUCUUCUAUUGCAUCUUUGGGAAAGGGUCAAUCCAUAAGUGAAUUAAUACUUCAGGAUAUUUUUAUUACAAAUAUCAGUUUGCCAGCCUAAGAGCAGCAUGAGAAAUAGUCAUAUUUCAAGGAAUGUUUUUUGUUACUUUCACAGAUUGUAGAAAUUUCUUCUACUGAUCCUGUGUGUGUGUGUAAUAUUUCUCACACACACACACACACACACAGUCCCGCAGCACUUGUGGUUUGAUGAGCACAGUUAGGCCUGUGCUGCAGAGAACCCAGGAUGAUUUUUCUCAUCAUUGCAUUCCACAGGUGAGUGUUCUGGAUAUCCUACAAAAUCAUCUUCUGAAAAACUACAUGCAGUGUGGAAUGCAAACUGAGUUGUAAUAAUCAAGGCUAGUUCUGUACGGAUAAACAAAUUCUGUGUGCAGGCAGCCUUGUUCUGAAUUCUCUCUUUUUGUUUUGUUUUGUUUUGUUUAAAUAGAUGUGUUACAUGUUACUGGUAAGUUUCAUUACCAUGUCAUAGUUGGUACUGUAGGUAAAUUAUCUGAAUAUAUAUAAACACUUCUUGAUGUA